AUGGACAGCAUCCUCACAGUCCCCGGUCCCAUCCAGAAAUUCUUCAGUCUCUUUCCCCUCCAGUCACACUCUCCUAUAACUGUUCCGUUCAAGCGCCCUGUGCAAAAGCCUACGCUGUGGAUCGCACCACCAAGAACCUUCGAAACCUCCGAUUUCCUCAGCACCGAUGUCGAAUGUCUAAAAUGGCAGGCUUACAUCGCCCUUCGCGGCCUCACCAACGUUGCUGUUCGCUCAGAUGUCUCGCCGGAAGGCGCAUUGGGUGAACGUCUGCCCAAUUUGCAUGUUCCUGCAUUCGGCGACGUUGAUGGUAACCUCCUGGCCGCGCAUAUGAUCCCAGGCUGGGUAGACGAGCAACUCGGGGUACCCGUGGAUGACCUCGAGGGCUACAAGGACGGGCCAUGUAAGGAUGAGAGUCGCGCAUGGGUCUCCCUUCUGGAAGGCGUCGUGCAUACUGCUCUGAUCACCUCCUUACCACUCCCUUCCCUGUUCUCUUCACUAAUGGAAGCAGAUUCGGGCGCAAUCAGACCAGUACAAGCUCUCAUGAACCCUCCGCCCGCUCCCCUGACUGGCAUUAGCUCUUUUAUUCCUCCUUAUGGGGUGAGGAUGACCUUCGCUUCCAUUCAGGGCCGAUAUACAGAGGCCAUUGGCGCUCUCUCUGAACGGCUAGGGACUGAUAAAUGGUUCCUUGGUUCAGACAAUGCUACCGCGUUGGACGCGCUUGCCUUCGCGUACCUCCACGUCCUCAUGCACGGAAGCGACGACGUCCGCAUCGAAGUUACUAAAAGAGUCAACUUGGUGACAUGGGAACGGCGUGUUAGAUCGCAAGUUCAGGGAGCGUUUUGCAGCGUCUGA